ACAGGCUUUGCGAUCACACAGACGGCUUACUUUGACCAAACGGCGGCCAUCUCGAUCUGUGCGUCAGGACUCCUGUCGCCCCUCCUGACGACGCUCCUCUCUGACGGGUACCAAGCCGGUUGUCGGUACUUGGAGCCGCUAGCCGCCGGGGCCAAGAAUACUGGCUCAAACAGGCCCAAGUACGUCGUUGCCUCAGAGGAGAUGACACCGGGUGGCUGGUCCAUGCAACGGACGUCGAAGGAUCUAAUCGUUUGGAAUGCCACUGGACUACGCCUAGAUUCGUUCGACCUAUGGACGGACUUGGAGGAGUGUGUGUUGGGGGGGGCGCGGGGGAGGGACGAGCCAUGUCUUGACGAUGUGGCUCUAGCUCGAAUUUGGUUGGUCGGGCUCGACAGACUCUUCUACCCCUCUGCUUCGCCCUGCAGUCUGGCUGGCACGCUGGCCAAUUUCUCUUACGAUGGAGACUGUGACAAAUGGUGGGUGGUAUUGCCCGUAUCACCGUCAAGAUGCCUUCCUUCGGCCGACUCCGAUUGGCAAAUAGGCUUGCCCGAAUUUGGCCAGCCAAUCCAGAUGGAGACCGAAGUUGCCCAAUUUGUUGAAAAUUCCAACUUUGCGCACUCGUUUCUUCAAGGUAAAAAUGGGCUCGUCAUCAUCAUAGUUUCUAAUGCCAUUAACUCUGUAAACCCGAAAAAUAUAGGGUCUGAAAAGGAUUCUUCGCAAAUAUAUCGACACUGGUUUAGUGCCAAUGCAGAUAGGGCAGGCCGGUCUCAAAAUGAACUAACACAUUUCGUUUCCGUGGAUGUUCGGACAAAGGAUGAAUGCCUUGGAAUUGUGAUGGCUUGA